UUGAGCAGGCGAGAUUGUUGUUUGAGACUUCCACAGUCCUGGACGAAGUUUCUUGGAAUUCAAUGAUUGCUGGUUAUGUUCGAUUAGGUGUCAAUGAUGAGGUUUUCAAACUCCUAAUGAAAAUGCACCGAUCUGGAUUGAUGUUGAGUAACUAUACCUUAGGGAGUGUGCUAAAGGCAUGCAGCACCAAGAAUUUGAAUCAACUUGGUAAAAUGCUUCAUGGAUACAUAGUGAAGCUUGGUGUGGACUUAGACAUUGUUGUGGGGACUGCAUUGCUCAAUAUGUAUGCAAAGAGCGAAAACUUGAUCAAUGCUAUUCAAAUUUUCAACUUUACACCCAACCCUAAUAUUAUCACUUAUAAUGCUAUGAUUGCUGGCUUCCUGCAAGAAGAGACUAUCUCAACUGGAUAUGCCCGAGAAGCACUUCAUCUUUUCUGCAAGAUGCAAAGGCAAGGAAUGAAGCCGUCCAAAUUUACAUUCUCAAGCAUACUUAAAGCUUGCAUUGGUGAUGAAACUUUUGAGGUUGGAAAGCAAAUUCAUGCUCAAAUUUGUAAAAACAAUCUUCAGUCAGAUGAGUUCAUUGGCAGCGCUUUAGUAGACUUGUACUCAUUUUCAGGUUCAAUAGAGGACGGGCUAAGGUGUUUCAACGCAACUCCUAAGUUGGAUGUUGUCUCAUGGACAUCCAUGAUUGCAGAUAUGGCCAUGGCAAGAUCUGGAGGACAGAUUCAGAGUUAUGCAUUAAAAUCUGGGACUGCCAAUUUUACUAUUGUUCAGAAUUCUCAGAUUUGCAUGUAUGCAAAGUCUGGAGACAUUGAUUUGGCUAAGCAGACCUUUCAAGAGACAGUGAGUCCAGAUGUGGUAUCCUGGUCUGUGAUGAUAUGCAGCACUGGACAACAUGGAUGUCCCAAAGAAGCUUUACAACUUUUUGAGUCGAUGAUUGCUACUGGAAUUGAACCCAAUCAGAUCACAUUUCUGGGGCUUUUGACUGCUUGUAGCCAUGGAGGUCUAGUUGAAGAAGGACUACAAUUCUUUGAAGCCAUGAAGAAAGAUUAUGGCAUGGCAGCUAAUGUAAAGCACAGUGCUUGCAUUGUUGACCUGUUAGGUCGUGCUGGGAGAUUAGAAGAUGCCCAAAAAUUUAUCUUUGAUUCAGGCUUUGAAAAUGAUCCUGUAUUAUGGCGUGCCUUGUUAAGUGCUUGCAGAGUUCAUAAAGACAUUGUCAUGGCAAAACGUGUUGCAGACAGAGUAAUAGAGCUCGAACCUCAAGCAGCUGCAUCUUAUGUGCUUAUUUAUAAUAUCUUCAAUGAUGCUGGGAAGGAGAAGCCUGCUUUAGAAGUUAGGAAGCUCAUGCAAAAUAGAGGAGUUAAAAAGGAACCUGGUAUAAGUUGGAUUGAAGUAGGAAACAAGGUUCAUUCUUUUCUGGUGGGAGAUCGCUCUUAUCCAAUGAGUCAAUUGAUUUAUUCACGGUUGGAAGAAAUGAUGGUGAAGAUAAAGAAAAUGGUCUCUGAUACUGAGAAACUUCCUUUGAGCAUCUCAGAAUUUGAACUCAGUGGCAAAUCAGGCAUGAAGAACCACCACAGUGAGAAGUUAGCAGUAACUUUUGGAAUACUCUUUCUGCCAGAAUCAGCUCCAGUGAGAGUGAUGAAGAAUCUGAGAGUAUGCAAUGAUUGUCACGCAACAAUAAAGCUCAUAUCUAAAGUAGAGAAGAGAGAAAUAAUUCUUAGAGAUGCUAUUCGUUUUCACCACUUCAGUGAAGGUUCUUGUUCUUGUAAAGACUACUGGUAGCAGAAGUAAGAUCAGUUUCAGGAACUAGGAAACAAGGAGCAUUUUUGUCCGGAGGAUUAAUUGGGCAGGGAGGACUAAGAGAGAGAUUGAGAUUACUUCGUUUAUAUGAUUCUUUUCUGAAGUGCUUUAAUGAACACAAAACCACACUCGCCACAAUGCAAGAUUGUGAAAAAGGAAAUCUUUGUUAGACAAGUUUGAAUUGUUAGAUGAAAUCAUGAAAGCAUCUGAUAUGAAAGUGACAAAAGCGUAGUAAUUGUACAAAAGUUAGCCCGUUUCAUUGCCCCUUGCAUUUCAUGGGGGCAAGAACAAGAUUUCAAUUACUUCUUUUAUGUCUGUAGUUUUUACGUGAUUCUGAAUGUUUAAUUUGGCCUCUGUAAGUUAGAAAUCUGCAAUUAACUUGUUCAAACAUUUUUUAAGAGAAUUUUAAUUGUCCCUAUAAA